GGGCCUGGCGAACCUGCGUAGAUGCCUGCCAUGCUGCUUUUUCCUUUACGAAAUCCCUGCGCCACUCCGCCACUCCACUCUGCAGUCAUUGAUGUCCUUCAUGAACUGCAUCAUAUCCUGCUGCACCUGCUGUUUAAACAUUUCGUACACCUGACUCUACUUGAAACUUGCUGGGCAACGAUGUCACACUUUAUUCACGCAUGUCCCGCUUUACUGGGUCAUGGGUCCACUUCUAGUCGGUCUUCUCUUUCUCAGCAAGGAUCGUGCUCAGCAGAAAGGACCUUUCGGAAUUUCACUCACUGUGGCUACGAUGGGUUCGACUUUCUAAGCCCGCCCACGGUCCAAACAGCUGGUUUCCGAUGUCGCUUUCUAUUGACACAUUCUCUGUGUAUAUGCCGGCUAGUCAACGAACAUCCCAGGGAGGGGAACAACCAACAAGGUUGCCUACGCAGCAGACACAACAAAAACAAAACGGAAAUUCAAACUCGGACAACGGCAAUUUCACGACAAAUUUUUCUCGAACAUCUGGACUGGACAACACAGAUCUUAUUGUGGUCCUGGAGUCCCUCCCAACCAUGAGUGUAUCCUGCAACAUCCUUUGGACACAUCUCCCAAU